AUGACCAAGACCUUCCUAAUCUGUAACACAGGGUCUCACGCCGCCAUCUUGGGAUUGAAAUGGCUGGACGCGCAUAACCCAGAGAUUGAUUGGAAUACGCGAACCCUCACCUUCCCUCACGCCGUACCAGAACACGUGGCCAUUGCCGAGGAGGAAGAAGCAGACAAGAACCCGCUUGAAGGAGUACCCCCGAAUACCAUAGAUACGCCAAGGCACUACGACAUUGGAAUCGAGCUCACAGAAGAGGGUCCCCUGAACUCUCCUCUGUACAGCAUGACGGACGCCGAAUCCGCCACUCUCAAGGAUUGGCUCAGGGACGAGUUGAAAGCAGGGAAGAUCCGUCCUAGCAAAUCCUCAAUUAGCUCCCCCGUUAUGUUUGUUCCAAAAAAGGAUGGUUCCCGCCGAUUGGUUGUUGACUACCGACGCCUCAAUAACCGGACAAAGAAGAACGUCUACCCGUUGCCUUGCCCAGAUGAUCUCAUGGCCCAGCUCCGCGGCGCCAAGAUCUUUACUAAGCUAGAUCUAAGGUGGGGGUACAACAAUGUCCGGGUAAAAGAAGGUGACGAAUGGAAGACUGCCUUCCGCACCAAAUACGGCUUAUACGAGUCCCUGGUCAUGACUUUUGGCCUGACGAACGCACCCGCGGCUUUCCAACACUUUAUGAACAAGUUAUUCAAAGACUUGCUCGAUGUACACACGCGUAACAUUUUUGACCACUUUUGA